AUGAAGUCUCGGACGAUUCUGUCACUUUUUCUUGGAAUCAGCCUUAUAUCCAACAUCGUUACUGAGGUACGUCAUUCCUUUGAUUCCCGCUAAGAGUGGGGACUCAUGGGUGUUAAACAGACGUGCCUUUGUGAUCAGAACCCCGAGCGUUGUUUUUGAGGUGAUUUUUCUCAAAGGAAACUCGGAUGGCUACCUUUGACGAACUCUAAAUCUAUCUUUUUAAUUUUAUUAAAAGGAGAUUAAAAGGCGGGGAUCGGGAUCGGUCAAGUCUUCCAUCUAUGAGUACAUUCUGAGCCAUCGCACUUAAUACAGCCUGCGUGCGGACGACUCCUGUUCCAUUGCUGCGAAGUGUGUGCAGCAAUGGAAUAAUGGAAUAGGAGUCGUCUGCACGCAGGCUACAAAGUAAAUUGAAAAUUUAGACCCCUUCCCCCUCCCUUCCCCCAAUUAAGGAUGGGAAAAUAAUGCGUUUUGCUCUUUGUGCGGCUUCGUUGAUUUCGGGGGGAUAGGAAGUUUGCUGUUCCAUUUUAUUCUGCCCGAGAUUGAAACUGAGUGACAAUGGCAACGUUUUUUCGGCUACUGUCAUUUCAGUUCCAAACCAAACCCUUAUGUAUGCCCCUACUAAAAUAAAUGACUAUAAAACAUGGCGCGAUUAAGGCUAUUUUCACAUUGUACCGGAUACCUUUUUCGCCGGCACGAAAGCCAUACCGAAUAGGUCAGAGGAUGGGGCUUUCGUUUACACAUAAUGGACCGUGAUUUCGGCGCGAUUUUCUGUAACGGUGCGAAGCUACGCCUGGCCGAUAUCUAAAGUGGAGAGUCACAUAUCGGAUAGAAGUUCAUAAAAUACCGGAUAACUUUUUGUGUCGGCACGAAACGUUAUCCCGUAUAGUGUGAACAAAGCCUCAGACUUUGCAAUUUUAAAAUCAAUCUGGAUGGCAAUUAUUUUCUUGCUACUGGUUAUAAAUUAAAUGCAUAGGUACUAACAUUUUUAAAAAUGACGCAUAUGGGUCUGUAUUUCUUCUUAGCCUGACGUACCCGCCAUCAGAGAAGGCAUUGCUGCAAGGGCAGAGCUACAAGUUGGCUGCGCCUACUGGUCGAAUGCUGCUUACAGCGGCAGUGGACCGAACACAAACAAGAACAAUUAUUUUGUUUAUGACAUUGGUAACUUAGCCGGAGUCAAAAUGCCAGAGGUUUCGGAGGGGGUCCCCAUAGGGGCGGGCGUGGGAGGGUGGGGUACCUUAAGUACGCUGAAAAAUUGGACACUCGUAAACGCCCCUCAGCGUGGAGACAUAGUGGCAGCUCGUGACCCGAUUGACAACACUUAUCAUGUAGGGAUUUUUAUUAGCGCUGGCACUACAAUAUCAACUAAUCCAAUAGAUAUUAGCAGUAGUAAUUGGCCAUUUGGUACUGGAAGCGAAGAAGGAGAGGAUAUUCGCUACUGGAAUUACUGUGGCCUGGAAGAGAACUGUCCGUGA